AUGUCUUCAACGCAAGAUGCCGGCGCGCCCAUCAAGGACGUAGCCAAUUCAACCAAAGACCCUCUAGCAUCAGACGAUUACCUUCGAGGGCCUGGCGAUUCGGUGAAUCACGCCGCAAAGACUGUUUCGGAUCAGGUUUUUACUCGGCCUGAACGUUCUUCAGCACGCGAGCGAGUCCAGCAGGCGGCUCAGAACGCAGGGACUACCGCUUCGGAUGCAUAUCAGCGGGCGCCUGACCUCGGCGUGGGGGCAAGGGCAAAUGACCUCUACCAGCGCGCUCCCGAUCUCGGUGUCGGCGCUGCCAUGGGAUCUGUUCUAGGAGCAGUCGGUCUGGGGGCUGCCACAAAGGAGGGCAGCAGUGCUGGCGAGCAAGAGGCCAAGACCGCCAGCGGAGGUGGCUCGUAUUCCAACCUGGGCAAAAAAGGAGAGACGUCCGCUCAAGAGUCUGACAACAAAGAAGAGGACAAGGAUCCCAAGAGAUUCGGCCCGUCAGACAAAGCGCGAGUGGGCAAAUCGCAAAAGGAGAUCGGCACCGAGUACGGCAUUCCCACGGCUGCGGGAGCAGGGACUACGGUGUCCCCUGACAAUACCAAUAAGGAGGCGCAGAGCAAGGCUGAAGCUAAUGGAAAUUCACGCCAAGCCGCCGUUCCCCAGGACUUCGAGGACCGACCAUGCCCGACACAGCACGCAGGGAGCAACACCCCUUCUUACCGCAAGGCUAGAGACGUCAACAACGAGAAAGCUGCAGCAGCUGCUUCGUCGUCCAAGAGGAGCUCUAUCAACGGAAAGUCGAGCUCCGACGCGCCACGGUCGCCUGCGCGGUCCGAAGCCAGCUCGGGUGGCAAGAGGAGAAGCUUCGGCGAGAAGCUCAAGGACCAAAUCAAGGGAGAAGCCACGAUCUGGAAGGGGACCAUCAAGCGAGACGACGACAUUGUCGCCCAUGGUCUCGAUAUCAAGCACGGCGAAUAUUAAAAUACCUGUCCAUCUGAGCCAUCCCCCCGCGGCUUCCCCGGUCUCCGUCUUUUUUCCUCGCUAAAUUUCUUGACCUCUUGCUUUCCUUUCCGCUCCUUUGCAGUUGACCGAACGGUGCUACAAUGGCCAAAACCAAUGGUUGAGGCCUACAAACGCAAUGAUAGAUAAUUGAGACAGAUGUGCCUGAUAUUUGAGUCUUUAAUGCAAUGCAGUCGAGGUGGAC